CUUGUUAAUGCCGAGGCGCCAACAGCGCCGGAUGUCGUCCGAGCACGCCGACGUACGUCAUUGUUACUUCCGCUUACACCCGACCGGGGUCAUGAAAGUUAUCUGUAAGAAGGAGCUUUGGUAGCAAAUCACUAUAUCCACAGCGUUGUUAAUCUUGGUCGAAUCAUAAUCCACAACCCAAUUGCCCACCCGGACCGAGCAUUGGACAACCAUCAUGGCGUUAAGGGUUCCUUCACACCAGCUGCCAUCGAGUGUUCGACAGAAACUCGCCAGAAACUCGAAUUACCCAACACGGCCUCCGCUUGGAGUUUCGGCGGCCACACAUGCUUCGCAGCAGCAGCGACGCAUCACCAUCAAGCACUUAGACACUGGACAGGAUAACCGAGAACGUGUCGUCAUUCUGGGAUCUGGGUGGGCGGGAUUCACAGCUGCACGCCAGCUCGACACGAAGAAAUACCAGACAGUGAUAGUAUCGCCGAGAUCAUACUUCGCAUUCACACCGUUACUUGCCUCAACAGCGGUUGGUACACUGGAGUUUCGGACGGCCCUAGAGCCGGUCAGAAGUCGGCGCACCAAAGUCGAGUUCAUUCAAGGAUGGGCCGACGAUGUUGACUUCAAGAAUAAAACUCUCACCGUGGAACAGGCAGUGGAUGAUCCAACUCAGGGAUUGGCACUUAUUCAAGAUCGCCAUGCAGGCGAGACGCAGGAGCAGAGGGCGCAAGAAAGGCAGUCAGAUGUGGAGAAGGGCAAGAUGUUCGAUCUCAACUACGAUAAGCUGAUCGUCACGGUUGGUUGCUACAGCCAAACAUUCGGGACGCCGGGUGUGAGAGAACACGCAUUUUUCCUGAAGGACGUAGGUGAUGCACGCAAGAUCAGGAAUCGGCUGCUGGGAUGCUUUGAAGCCGCAGCUCUGCCGACCACACCCGAAGAGAUGAAAAAACAACUGCUGAACUUCGCAGUCGUCGGAGGUGGUCCGACUGGAAUCGAAUUCAGUGCCGAACUGCACGAUCUCAUCAACGAAGACAUGGCCAGGAUCUAUCCCGAGCUAAUCAAGUAUCACAAGAUCACCGUUUACGAUGUAGCCGAGAAAGUCUUGCCCAUGUUCGACGAGAAAUUAGCCGGCUACGCCAUGGACAAAUUCAAACGCGAAGGCAUCGACAUCAAGACCAAACACCACGUGGAAGAACUCAGCCGUGGUUCACCAUUCGAGCGCAACAAUCUGAACUCCGACAAAGACUUUCGCCUUUUCACGCUGAAGAUCAAAGAGGAAGGCGAGCUUGGCGUAGGCAUGUGCGUCUGGAGUACCGGCCUGAUGCAAAAUCCGUUCGUGCACCAAGCACUUAGCAACGUGCGCGCAGUUCCCGACAACCUGCGUCUCGUCGAAUCAGCAGGCGACCCCAGCUUCGCCAAAGACAUAGCGUGGAAAGUAAAAAAAGACGAGCGCUCAGGCUCCAUCAUCACCGACGACCGCCUCCGUCUCAAAGUCGUCCCGCAAGGCAAGAAUGACAAACAUGUCGCAGCUGUCGUGAAUGAUGUGUUCGUCCUCGGCGACUGCGGUAUCAUCGAGGGCACACGAUACCCUGCGACGGCGCAGGUCGCGUCGCAGAAGGGGCUUUGGCUGGCGAAGCGCCUCAAUAAGCACGACCUUGACCGAGCGGGCUUCAAGUUUAAGGACCUGGGUACGCUGGCGUAUAUCGGGAACUGGGAUGCGUUGUUCCAGGGAGGUAAAUGGGGAAGGCUGCAAGGGUACAUUGCGUGGGCGAUUUGGCGUGGCGCGUACCUAACAAGGACGGUCAGUUGGAGGAAUAAGAUUUUGGUGCCGGUCUAUUGGUGAGUCAACAACAACAAGGUCGAUGGAGCGUAUACUAACAUAGAUGAUAGGGCUGUCAACUGGCUAUUCGGCCGCGACAUCAGUCGUUUCUAGAGAGCGGAAACCGUGUGGAUCACGUUGUAACGGG